AUGGUUGAGGAUUACAUACACCAUUCAAUGCCAGUCGUACUUGCUGAGCAGACAGCUCUUUGUCAAAUUGAAUCUAUAAUUAAUCAGAGUGGUAAAACCUUAGCUGAUUAUAAUUUGCCAGCUUUAGAUCAGUUUUUAGAUAAUGUCCCAGAAAAUGAUGAUGAAGAUGUUCAGGUGUUUAUUGAUGAAGCAAACCGAGUUAGACCAUUAUUGAAUGAUAAUCAGCGUAAUGUAGCUGAUGCGAUCCUUGCUGCACUAAGUGUAGAACCUACUAAUGAAAAUAAGCAUUCAAGGUUGUUUUUUAUGGAUGGGCCUGCCGGUUGUGGUAAAACAUUUACUUACAAUUAUUUAAUUUCUGAAACACAGAGCAGGCAUAUUAGAACUGCAACAGCUGCAUGGACUCUUCUCAAAAAUGGGAGCACAAUGCAUGGCUUAUUCAAACUUCCUGUUCCAAUUUUGGAAACUAGCACAUGUAAUGUAACUCCAAACUCUAUUCAUGGUAGAUUCCUGAGACAAAUCAGUUUGUAUUUACUUGAUGAAGCAUCUAUGAUACCCAAAUAUGCUUUGAGUGCCAUUGAUAAGCUGUUACAAGAUAUUUGUAAUAACAACUUUCCUUUUCGUGGUAAGGUUAUUCUUAUGGGUGGAGACUUCAGACAAAUACUUCCAGUUGUAAAGCGAGGUCGACCAGCAGAAGUUAUAGAAUCAUGUUUAAAAUGUUCUGAACAUUGGCAAUAUGUGCAAAGGUUCUCAUUAACUGUAAAGAUGAGGGUUCAGAUAGAAGAAGAGGAAUUUUCUCAAUGGCUUUUAAAGCUUGGAAGUAGAACAUUACCUGUCAAGCCUGAAGAUCCUUUGCGAGGGUGUAUUGAAACACCUGAGCAGUGCUUUCUCAGUGAUAAUGAAUCUAUUGUGGAGAAGAUUUUCAGUGGUGCAGAAGAAGCUGAUUAUGCAAAACGUGCUAUUUUAACGCCAACAAAUGUUGAUUCAUUGGCAAUAUAUGAAGAAGUCCUUCAUCGUUUACCCGGUGAUGUGAAAACAUAUUUAAGUUCAGAUAGCAUUGAUACUGAUGAUCUUAAUGAAAUUAAUAACUUUCCAGUCGAGUUUUUAAAUAGUUUGACUCCAUCAGAUCUCAAAGGUGGACUUUGUAAUGGAACCCGUUUGAUGGUGCGUGCAUUACACAACAAUUAUAUUGAUGGUGAGGUUUUAACAGGUGUAUCAGCUGGUAACAGGGUAUUUGUUCCUUUAGUUCAAUUAGCUCCAUCAGAUGCAAAUUUACCUUUUACAGUUAAACGCCGUCAGUUUCCAGUUUGGUUAGCAUACUCAAUGACCAUAAAUAAAAGUCAAGGUCAAACAAUUGAAAAAUUUAUACAAGUUUAUAUUAAGUAG